UUAUGUUUGAAGCGGGCAAAGUAAAUGUUUUAAAUACCAUAAAAUACGUCAUAUAAAAUCGUCUUACCAUAAAAAUUUGGUGCGAUAAUUUAUAGCUGUAGUCGAAUAGCAAGUUGAGUGGGACAUUUUAUUUCCCUAUAAUUUCAUGUGACGAUUUAAAUAGUCUACUUAUGAAAGAUGUGUUUUUGAUAGUGAAAUAUGGGUAUCAAAAAUGGCUGAUGGUGACGCUGAUGAUAAUUUGGAAUCAAACAGCGAGAGUUCUGCGGAAGAGGAUAUUGAAAUGCUCGUCAACUUGCAAGAUAGUGAAUCCAUGUCUGAUGAAAAUGCAGAAUCUGAUGUUGAAGAAGAAAACAAUGUGGUAGACGAAGAAACAAAAAUAAAAUUUGAUCAAUCACUUCCUUCAUCACAUACUUAUUUAGGAGAGGAGAUGAAUGACGUUUUGGGAAGAACUGUAAUGGAAGAAGAUAAUGUAGUGUCCAUUCCUCUUAUAUCAUUGCCAAAUCUUCUUGUUCCUGGAGAGACACUUCCCUUACAUACAUUUAAUCCGCAGAUCGUUUUAAUGAUGAAAAACAUAGUCGACCAUAAUAAUACUUUUGGCGUUGUUACAGAAGAGCACAGGUUUCCUGUAUAUUCUGAGGACGAUGUGAAACGAAUGACAGGAACAACAUGUGAGGUUUAUUCAAUGCGUGAAGAAUGUAAUGGAGGUUUUACAACGAUAUUCAUUAAGGCUAUGGUGCGCAAGAGGUUUCAAGUUUUAUCAAUAAAAACCCAGCUAGAUGGUGUUCGUCUUGGAACUGUUCGUAUACAACCAGAUAUAGUUCUACCAGCUUAUCCCAAUGCUUUAACACAAUAUGUGGGAUAUAAACGUUCUGUUACAAAUCAUCAUCAAGCGAUAAACAAACUCAAUAGAGUUUCACACAGAAAGAACAUUCCAAGUUCCUCUGCUUGGCCGUCUUGGGUUUAUGAGCUUUAUAAUCCAUAUUUGUUGAUGGCUCGAAUAAAGCAAGAGUUGACAAGUUGGAAAGCGGAUUUAAAUACUGAAAAGUUGCCUGAUGAUGUGACAGAAUUUUCCUAUUGGGUAACCCAUAAUUUACCGCUGGACAACGGAAACCGUCAUCUCUUAUUGAAAAUGAACUCGCCUGUGGAACGUUUAAGAAAGCAACUUGACUUAAUCCAAAAGUAUGGAAUCAUGACCUGUAAUUACUGUAGAAGCAUAAUAGCUGACAAAAAGGAUUUGUUCAGCAUGUCAUCAACCGGUUUAAUGGGGUCUUACGUCAAUCCUGGAGGAAUUGUUCAUGAAACGAUUACAUUCCAUAAAGCUAAAUGCCUGCGACUACGUGGCUCAUCAUCGACUGAACACAGCUGGUUUCCAGGAUAUGCUUGGACGAUUGCAGAAUGCAAGGCAUGUGGAAGUCAUAUGGGCUGGAAAUUUACUGCUGUUAAUAAAAAACUUAUUCCGAGCAAGUUUUGGGGACUUACUCGUGCCUCUCUUUGUCCGUCAUUUAGAAAAGAUGAAGGUGUAAAUCAAUCAAGUUAUCGUAACUACUCUGUUCAUAUUUAUAAUUAACACUUAGUAAUUUUGUGCUAUUUAUUAAAAUAACACGUCAACCCAGUAAGCAUAUGAUAAUAAUAAUUUAGAGAAAUUUAUAUUAUAUUUCAAAAGACGAUUUUUACCAACUUUUAGAGUAAUUAUAGAAUAUCCUACCACAUACUUAAUUGCCUUCAAGCCAUAACCUAGUCUGAUUGUUGUUGGCACUUGGCAGUUUUGUGACAGGGUAUUCUAUUAUUGUGCCCAACUUUUCACAAAGCGUCAUCCGUUUGUGAAAUAAAACAAAAUCUGUUUGUAAGAUCAAAGCAAACAGAUUUAUGAACAUUAAUGUUAAUUUUGUAUGUUGUGUAACAUAGUUAAGCAAGUUUUAUAGUUGGUUCUCCAAUUCAUUUUUGGAAUUAAAUCGUAUUAAAUUAAUGUAUGGACUUGACCAACA